AUGGCUGGAUCUGAAGUAAGGGCUCCUAUAUUUUUAGGAGAGAACUAUGAAUUUUGGAGAAUUAAGAUGGUCACCAUUUUCAAAUCCUUGGGGCUUUGGAAAUUUGUGGAGAAAGGAAUUCCAGCUUCUGCUGGGAAGCUAAAGGGGAAAAUCGAAGAGGCUGAAGGAAGCUCAGCAAGUGAAGAUGAUGAACAGAUGAUGGAGUCUUACAUGAAGGAUGCAAAAGCUUUGGGGAUUAUUCAAGGUGCUGUUACUGAUCAAAUUUUCCCAAGGAUAGCAAAUGCAGAGACUGCAAAAGAAGCUUGGGAGCUCUUGUACAAAGAAUUUCACGGUGGAGAUCAGGUAAGAUCUGUGAAAUUGCAAAGUUUAAGGAGAGAUUUCGAAUACACCAGGAUGAAGGAUGAUGAAACACUGUCCAAUUAUCUUACAAGACUAAAUGAUCUAGUAAACCAGAUGAAAACGUUUGGAGAGACACUGUCAAAUGAAAGAAUGGUUCAAAAGAGUCAAGAGCAGAGACUUGACCAGCAAGUUACUGAUUCCACAGAGAAAGCAUUCUCUACAUUGUUUGGACAUUGGGCAAGAGAAUGUACAAUUGGAAGAAAUGUGCAGAAAGCCAAUUGUAGAAAUCAGAUGGAAAUGACAGGGAAUAUGUUUUAUGCAGCAAGUGAGACUCGUGACUCAAGCAAAAACAGUGAAUGGUACAUAGACAGUGGCUGCAGCAACCAUAUGACAGGAAAUAUCAGUUUGUUGACUGAUGUGAAGAGAAAUUUGUUUGGAAGGGUUCAAAUGCCUAAUGGAACACUAGAGAACAUUGCUGGGAAAGGAACAUUGGUGAUUGACACUGACAAGGGAAAAAGACAUAUCAAAGAGGUACUAUAUUUACCUGGUUUGAAAGAAAACCUGUUGAGUGUUGGUCAAAUGGAUGAGCAUGGCUAUUAUCUGACAUUUGGUGGUGGAAUGUGUCAUGUGUAUGAUGGACCUACGUUUGAGAAUCUGAUUGUGCUAGUCAAAGAAAAAACAAAUAGAUGCUAUCUGUUGACUAUGACAUUGAGUGAGCAGGUUGCAUUAACAGUUCAAACUGAGCUGAGUAUGGAAAUUUAG